UGAACUCAGCGUUCGAGCGAUGCCCACUUUGACGAUCAUCUAUCCGUCUCAUCGCUCUCUGUUUCGACUCUUUUUACCAGCCGUCCCAGCACACCGUGUCGUCCCUGUCUUCCCUGUCCUCCAGCGACCCCCUGCUGUUCUUCGACUUCCGUAUCCUGCCCAAAACGUGAUCCCUGCUGUCCACCACCCGAUCCGUGCGCGCGGAACUGCUGCGAGGGCUCGAGGCUCGGCGGAGGCGCCUGCCAACCGUCAUGCUGCUCCUCUCCACCUCCGGGAUGCUGUCCUACCCCACCGAAACCCUGUCCACCACCUCCCAAUUGCUCACCACCCCCUCAAAAUUGCUGCCCACCUCCUCCGGAUUGCUGUCCGCCUGCUUGCGAACCCAGUCGACCACCUCCCUGUGCUCCACCCACGAACUGUUGUUCUCCUCAACCUUGUUCGCCUCCACCCUGUGCACAACCGUCACCUUGUCAGCCGUGUGCUCCUCAGCCGAAACCUAUCCUUAAAAAAAGGAGCUGCUGUCUUUGUGCACCGGCUGGUUGCAUGUGUCAACCGAUGCCGCGAAACUGCAAUUGUCCACCUCCGGUUCAAAUCGACGCUCGCGCUGACGACGAGUGUUCGUGCGAUUGCCCCUCCUCCCCGGAAUGUGCAUGCCCUCCUAGCGAGCGCAGGUUUUCCAGGACCAAGGUGAGGUGUCCGAAUGCAAGGAUCUGCUGUCCUCUUCCGAGGUUACCACCUGGACCACCUUGCUGCUGCACCGAGUGCAGACCGUGUCUUCCUCCUCCCUGCGAUCCUUGUUCAUCGUCGCGGUGCUGUUCGCCAUCACCAAGAUUCAAGUUCUGCAGACCGACAUCUCCGUGCCCGCCUUGCUCACCUUGUCGACCCCAGUCACCCGUCAGACCAACGUGCCGUUCCAGCCCACCGUGUUCACCGUGUAGAAAACCGGCGUCGUCUUCACCCUGUAGAUCUUUAGCUCGUUCGUCAUCCAGGGGUUCCAGUUGCUGUUCACCGUGCCGAGUCCCAGGUCAGUCAUCUCCCUGCUGCAAUGAUAACGGCGAGGCGCAGGUGGUUACGGGAUGCGGCGAUGACGGAGGGCGAGAUUUACCUCAGGGCGAUUAUAUUAUGCGAACUCUUCAGUGUCGUUGCGGUCCUGACGGGAAGGGUUGUGCCGACGACUGCGAUUGGUGUUGUUCUCAAAAUUGCGCCGAGGCGGAUCCUGAUCCGAGCUGUCCGGUAGCAACGGAAACUUCGUGCAAAAACGAGGGACAGGUGACAAGAGAGGAAUUACCUGCCUCGGAUCAAACCCGGGUGAAUCAUAUGGCGAAAAGCGCCGUCACGCCGCAAUUAUCUGUAGAAAGAACGCCUGGCAAAGUAAGUGCUGCUCAGGGUGCUUUUGCUUGGAAGGGAUCGCCUGGGCAACGGCGAACGUCAUCCUCGAUAACCGAACGCAUCGCCGGUGGCGGCACCGCCCUUCCUACGGGUAAAAUUCGCAAAACAGCCACCCCUGCGAUAAACCGCACCCCGAUCGGCACCAACGCGUUUUAUUCCCGUAUCGCCACGAAUACAUAUGCCAAUCCCCUCGGGGCAACUACUCGAAAACGAUUGGGAAACGGUGUUUCAUCAACUGCCGCAGUUCAGCCAAAGAGUAAGUGAAGGGUGGAAUUUCAGAUGGGUGGAAUAAACUGUAAAAGGGCAUUGGUUUGGCUGCGGCAGCUGGGUAUUCCAAUUAUCGCAUCCUGAUCACCUUAGUCGCAAGGACUGUAAAAUAAUUAACGAAUAUCUUCUAACUUUCCCACGUGAAUACCCUUACGUCGUUCCGAUUGUUAAUGUAACGUGAAAACUGAUGGCUGUGUGUACCCCUUGUUAUGACUAAAGGUGUGUGACGGUGUGGUGCCUCCAGUAGGUGGCGGCGACGCGGAAAUUCCCUCGUUCCCUUGCCCUGAUCGCCCUUGCGCGUACGACCGGGAGUGCAGCGGGGGUGGCUGCGAGUUAUUCUCAUACAUCGGGACCAUUGGCCACUCCAUUCUAGUCCCCGGUCCUCUCACCCUCAUUUCCUUCGUCCUGCUGAUCCUCGUUGCCGUUACCUGGGCUUUCGGGCUCGCCCUCUACCACCGCUGUUUGUCUCUCAAGAAAGUAUGUCUGAGGUACUCUGGCCGAUGAUUGUGGAAAUAGAUCGAUGUUUACGCAAAAUAAAAACAGUCUGAUUAUUUCAUUUUCACGAUUGAAAAAAAGGUACUCGCGAACAUCAGGUAGAACUAUAAUUAAUUCGCUCGAAGCGUCGUCACCUCGCCGCCUGUCCCGUGUCCAAAUGCAUAGUUGGGUUUUUUUUCUUUUUCAUUCAAAUUGUCAAAAUUUCUAGCCUGGACUAUCGAUCGCCCGCAGCGUUCGGUGAUACGGAAUCACGACACGAAACGGUGCAAGAAGACUCCUGUACAGGGUGACGGUAGGUCACUAUUUCGCAAGAUCCUUUCCGGUGGUUCUAAUGUCAACAGCAAUCGAGCUGGAAGUCGCCAAGGAAAGUUUCGCUUGUUCACGUUGUUAAAAUAAACGAUCAAUUUAAUUGCUGCGUUUAAUUAUGCGGCAAUUAAACUAAUUCGUCAGUACCGUCGUUACAGCAAAGAUACCCUCGUCUCACCCCCACUUCUCAGUACGGAGCAAGUGCUUCUCCAACUUUCGGAAACUCGAACGGAAUUCCACGGAUCACGAAUUCUUGGUUCGUAACUUCAGUACCCACAGCGCCCCGCGCAGCACCGGUAGCAUGAUGCCCUGGCGCGAUCGUUGCAAAUCCUCGCGGCUCAAAAAAUCAAAAAAAGACCCAAAAGGUCAUCGUUCCCUGGCCGAGCUGGCGUUGGCAUUUUUUUCAAAAGUGGACAGAUAUCGUUCCAGAAUGAAGUUACCGCGUGAUCCACCCUGUCGUUGCGCUGCCUGUUGGUCCGAGUCUCUUCCUCAUUCUCAGAUUCACAGAAAAAAUUGCUUCAGUUCUCGUCAUUCGAGCUCGCCGGCUUCGUCUUGCUCCGGAGCACUGUCGUUCUCGUCCUCCGGAACCGCGAAAUCUUUUCAAUCCGAGCCCCCGUUGACGUCAUCGAGACAUCGGCACACCGUGACCAGAGAUAUUGGCAAACCUAGCGAUCAGCGUUCUCCAAUUCCGUUUAUCUUUGGAAGUAGAGACACAGAAUUUGAAGCGCACAAGGAUCAUCGAAGAAAGCAUGAAGGAUAUUCUUCUGCUCGAGUGACGGAUAAAAUGAUCGUUCCGAUUACGACUAACAAUAACGAUAAUUUAGAAUCGGGACACAGUGUGUUACGGGAAAGGGAUAACAGGCUGCAAGACUAUCCUAAGGAUCGUAUCGGGUAUCAUUCGAAAUGGGAUAAGAAGGAAGACAGCGUCAGGGUUCAUAAAAAUGACAAAGCUGUUGAUGGGGGAUGUUGUUUCACAUGCAGUUCGAGCGAAAAUUGCAGUGGUGGGAAAGUCGCACAGAAUGUGACGGGCGCUUCUAAUUUACAGAGAAAAAAAUUCCACGACGCUGCAACGGGGAACGUUGUAAAUUAUCCGAGGAAAAUUUUCGAGGACAAGGCAGUGGGCGACGAAAAGGAGAUCCUUAGGCACGAUUUCUCUAAACCAUUCAAUCGAGAAAGCGAAAAUAACGCUAAUAUUCUGCACAACAAUUCUCAUACCCGCGUUGUUAAUAAGGAUCACGGUUUACGUCACGUUUAUUACGAGAAAGGUUCCUCGAAUAAUUCGCGAGAAAAUUCUAGAGAGAGAAGAGCGCGAGAUUUGGAUGGAAAAUUGACAAUUGAUCGCAAUAUGAAGGGUGCGCAUAAUCGUCAUGACCCGGAUCAUUCGUUGGAAAGAUCUACGUCGUCAAAUACAUGUAGAGAAAACGUACGCGAUAAAGUCAUUGACAAACAAUAUGACGACGCAAAGGAUCGAGUUAGGGAAAACCGGUCAAAGGUCAUUUCCAAGGAUAAGAUCAAAUCAAAGAAAUACGACAGGUGCGAGGCCAUCGGUAGCACAGACUCGACGAUCAGCUGUGAGGUUUACCAGGAUCACCGGCGAAAGCCACGUAAAAAGGGCAGCGACUGCAGUAAAAUGUCGUUCGUUAUGGCCGACAAGCCCUUGGAUCGUCCUACCGCAGUUUUGGAACGAUCCGUAGCUUCCGGAACUUCACAUGACUCGAUAAGUAGUCAUUCGCGAAGUAACGCGCACACAUCGCGAAACAAAUAAUCGGUCAUUUGUUAUUCGCCUUUGGUUCGUCCUUUGUAGAAUUUUUACAGAGUCUAAUAAACAAUCGUGUGAUCGUGGUACGAAGCUGCGUGUUGUCAUUCGCCGAGAUGAAUUACGUGAAAUGUAAAAUGUGCAUAGCAGCUGCGUUGAUUGUGCAGCUGUCAACGCUACGAUCCUCGUUUCCUGUCUAAUCUCUUCCUUGCAGUUGCCUCUCGUUCCCUCAAUGUGGUCAUCCGGGUCGCGAGUGUGGGCGUCCCUGCUAUAUUUCCGCUGAAUAGUCGCGGGCUUUUAAACCUUCGUCGGAAU